AUGAAGAAACUUUUCAACAUGUUUUCAUCUAGGCCUCACUAUAAUAUAGAGGACGUCAAGACUCCAUCUAACCAAAAUUAUAAGGUCUUUGAUGCUGAUUGCUCUGCUGUUCCUAUUUUUGAAAACUAAAUGAAAGAUAUAUCCUACAUAAAUGCAGAUAGAGGUAGCACAUUAGAAAUAAAUAGAGUUAAUGAAGAAGAUACUAGCUCAUAUCAAGCUGCUCCUAUUCAAGUUAUUUCUCCUUAAGCACCACAAAAAAUUAUAAAUCAAAAAAUUAAAACUGUGCGUAUACGCUUAAUCUAAGAGAAGCAAAGCAAAUCCUCUAUUUCAAACAGUCAAGAAAAAUACAAAGCUGAAGUAAAAGCAAAGGAUUAAUGCUUUAAAUAAAUUGCAAAGACAAUAUAUAUUUUCUACACUGCAGAGGACUUGCUUGCUUAAUUAGCUACCUGCUCUUACUUCAAUGGAUUUAAACCUUUGAACUACAAUCACAUCAAAUAAUGCCUAUUUCCUUCUAAUGAUUGCAAUGACCAAAACGCCUAAAAAUAAAAAAAGAAAAGCUCUAUUUAAGUACUCAAGUAUUAUAUAACUUAAACAGAUGAAGGAGAAUAUCAUGGCUAAAUGAAUAAAAAUAAAGUACCUGAAGGCAACUCAAUACUAUUCUACAAAAAUGGUAAUUAAUACAUUGGUGAAAUGAAAAAUAGAUUUAGAAACGGAUAAGGUUCUAUGUUCUAUCCAGACGGUAGCUCAUAUACCGGCGGAUGGGUUCUAGAUGCUAAAGAAGGAUAAGGUAAAGAAACAGAAACAAAAGGAGAAGUAUUUACUGGAAACUUCAUAAACAAUUGUAGAAGCGGAAAAGGAUAAUUAAUUUAUAAAAACGGCUAUGUUCUUGAAUCAAACUGGAUUAAUGGCUAUUAAGAUGGUCUCUCCACAUUAAGUGUUGGUAAAUAAUAAAUUCAAGUCCUAUUCUGCAUGGGCUAAAUAGUGAAAAUAAACUCAACUCCUAUAUAGGAUUUGUAAAACGUUUCUAAUGAAAAUCAAAAUAUAACGAAUUUAAUUUAAAUAAAUUUCUGCAGAGACUAAGUAUAAGUCUUUAAAAACCAACCUAUUCCUUCUUACCUCACUGCAAGAUUUUGA